UCCAUCAAAACGAACGAACCGAUGUCCUCAUUCGAGAUGUUUCGUCUGAGGCCAUGCGGCUCGUUAUCGAAUACGCCUACACACGAAACACUUUGGUCGACUCCGAGAAUGUGGAAAUGUUGCUGCGAACUGCCGACUACUUCAACAUCGAAGGCAUGCUGAAGGACACCUGUAACUUCCUAAUGAUGGAAGUAGGACCCAGGAACUGCUUCGGAAUACGGAAGUUUGCAAGCUUCUACAACUGCGCAGAACUGGAAAACGAAAUUCAUAAUUACAUCAUGCGAUACUUUGUUGACAUUGCUCACGCCAAUGAUAACGAAGAGUUGUUAAAUCUACCUCCGGAUGAAAUGUGUGCUAUUCUUGGUGCUGACAAUCUAAACGUCAAAAAUGAAGAAGUGGUGUGGGAAACAAUGCUCAACUGGAUAGAAAGAGAGCCCAAAAACAGGAAGCAACACAUUCACGAGCUGAUGAAACAAAUACGGCUCGGGCUUCUAGAAACUUCAUACUUCGUUGAAAAGGUGAAGAACCAUCCGUACGUGAUCGAGAAUGAAGACUGCCGGCCUCUGAUAAUCGAGACGCUCAAGUUCAUCUACGACCUGGAGAUGAUCACGCAGCGGGACGGCGAGGUCACCACGCCAGAGCUGGCACGGCCGCGCGUGCCCCACGAGAUCCUGUUCGCCAUCGGCGGCUGGAGCGGCGGCAGCCCGACCAACUUCAUCGAGACGUACGACACCAGGGCCGAUCGCUGGGUCAAGGUGCGGGAGGUGGACCCUGCCGGUCCCCGAGCAUACCACGGCACUGCCGUCAUCGGGUUUGACAUCUACGUCAUCGGUGGCUUUGACGGCAUGGACUACUUCAACUCGUGUCGCUGCUUCAACGCCGUCACAAAGCAGUGGCGAGAAGUGGGGCCGAUGAACGCUCGCAGAUGCUACGUGAGCGUGGGCAUCCUCGACAGCUUCAUCUAUGCCAUGGGGGGAUAUGACGGCCACCACCGACAAAACACCGUGGAGCGCUACAACCCGCGCACCAACCAGUGGUCGAUGGUGGUGCCAAUGCAUAUGCAGCGCUCGGACGCUUGCGCCACGACUUUAAACGGGAAGAUCUACAUCGCAGGCGGCUUCAACGGCCAGGAGUGUAUGAACUCGAGUGAGAUGUACGACCCAGACACUAACCAGUGGACCAUGCUGGCUCCAAUGCGGUGUCGGCGCUCGGGCGUGUCCUGCAUCGGCUACCAUAACCAGCUCUACGUGCUCGGAGGGUUCAACGGGAUAUCCAGGAUGUGCAGUGGAGAGAAGUAUAACCCCGAGACGGAAACAUGGACGCCAAUUCCGGACAUGUACAACCCGAGGUCAAACUUCGCCAUUGAGGUUAUUGAUGACAUGAUCUUUGCCAUCGGUGGAUUCAAUGGUGUCACGACCAUCUACCACGUCGAGUGCUACGACGAUCGAAACAGUGAAUGGUACGAGGCGACUGACAUGAAUAUAUACCGGUCGGCGCUAUCCGCCUGCGUUAUCAUCGGGCCACCCAAUGUCGGCGACUAUAUCCACAAACACCGGGAUAAGCUGAUGGAGGAGAAAAGGCAAAAGCUGCUGGCUCUUCAGAAUAACCAAAGGACGUGA